GUCUCAGAACCCGGAAAUAGGUGCGUCGCCGUUUAUCUUCCCUAGCUUGUAAAGAUGAAGGAAGAAAACAUGGCUUUCCCUGUGAGUGUGGGGGAUCUGCUGCGGGCGGAGCUCCAGGAGGACGCCGCUUACCAGGACGACGGCCUGUGUGUUGUCGGCAUUUUCGGUAAAAGCAACAUGCAGCCCGGACCCCUGAAGGAGUCUCUCAUCGACACGCUGGCAGACAAACACAUCUUUUCGCUGUUCGGCGGACCGGAGGACGGCGGCACGGCGGACAGCCUGAUCCAGGCUUUCUACAACCAGGAAAACCGGGUUCUGUACCUGCUGCUGUCCUCCGUCUGCGACAGCCGGCAGCUGCUGCGGGCCUGUCAUUCUCUAAGCGCCGGUACCAGCCACUCCGACGCACACGAAUUCUGGAAAGGCCUGGACCGACAGCACUGCCUCCACCUACUCUACAUGUUCUCGGUGUGCCACGUCCUCCUGCUGGUACACCCAAACCAGACUUUCGACGUGACCUACGACCGCCUCUUCAGAGCCUUGGACGCCCAGCGGCAGAAGGUCCUGCCUCUGAUUCGGGCUGCUAUCAAAGACUGUCCGGUUUCUAAGGAGUGGAAGCUGAACUGCAGGCCCUGUCCUCCACGGCUGCUCUUUGUUUUCCAGAUCAAUGGCACUCUGAAGGUUCCUGCUAACGGUUCAGAGUCUGGGGCAAACCCCGACAAGCCCAAAAAGCACUCUCCCAGGAGGCGGCUGCAGCAUGCCCUGGAGGACCAGAUAUAUCGGAUUUUUCGCAAAAGCAGAGUUCUGACCAACCAAAGCAGCAACUGCUUGUUCACCGUGCCCGCCAACCAGGCCUUUGUGUAUGUGAUCCCGGCAGCAGAAGAGGACCCGGUGGGCACCUUGCUUGGCCAGCUGCGCUCCAACUGCACCCUGUCUGAUCAGGACUCGACCGUGUCGCUGUCAGGACCGAGGCGCUACCAGCAGAUGCGGCGUUCUGCUCGGCAGCCCAGCUGCGGAGACUUGAGCGGCUUGUCUAUGGUUGGUCAGCUGGUGGACUGCAGCUUGAAAGAGUUCCUCUGGCAACACGUAGAGCUGGUGCUGACCAAGAAAGGUUUUGAUGAUAGCGUCGGCCGCAAUCCGCAGCCUUCACACUUCGAGCUACCAACCUACACCAAAUGGGUCCAGGUCGCUUCCAGACUCCACCAAGUCCUGAUCAGCAACGCAGAUGAAGAAAUAGCUGAGCUGGCUGCUAAAGUGCAGAACCAGGUGAAGGUUUUGGAGGGUUUUCUUGAUGCAGACACAAAGUUUUCAGAGAACCGGUGCCAGAAAGCGUUGCCACUGGCUCACAGCACCUAUCAGUCUAAUCUCCCACACAACUACACCACUACAGUACACAAAAACCAGCUGGCACAGGCCCUGCGCGUGUACAGCCAGCACGCUCGCGGCGUUGCUUUCCAGCGCUACGCACUGCAGCUUCAUGAGGACUGCUACAAGUUCUGGAGCAAUGGCCACCAGCUGUGUGAGGAGCGAAGCCUGACGGAUCAACACUGCGUUCACAAGUUCCACCUCCUCCCUCAGCCCGGGGAGAAGCCAGACAUGGAUCACAACCCACCCAUUCUGAACCACAACAGCAGGGGGCGCUCCACCAGCUCCUGCAACUGUGGCAGGAAACAGGCUCCUCGUGAGGACCCAUUUGACAUCCAGGCUGCUAAUUAUGACUUCUACCAGAUGCAGGAAGAGAAAUGCUGCGGGAAGUUGGAGAGAAUUGAGUUUCCGGUGUUCCAGCCCAGCACUCCUGACCCGGCCCCAGCCUGUAACCAGGCUCAGCGGCUCCCGUGUGAGGGCUCUGGUGAGGCUGAGAGGCUGAAGGAGCCUAGCACUGCCCAGAGCCACACCCCCGGAGACACCAGCCUCAGCCUCGCUCUCAGUCUAGGCCAGUCCACAGACAGCUUGGGGCCCUACGGGGAUGGAGACGGAUCCGAAACCCAAGUCCAGCAGAAGAGGCCGAGCCUUAUCGAUCGACAGCCGUCCACUGUGGAGUAUCUUCCUGGUAUGACGCACUCAGGUUGCCCCAAAGGCCUGCUCCCCAAGUUCUCCAGCUGGUCACUGGUCAAACUGGGCCCUGCUAAGGCGUACAACUGCCACACCGGACUGGAACAGCCGGGCUUCCUCCCCAGCUCCUCCUUUCUUUUACCGUGGGACUUAGUGAUUCGGUCUAGAUCGGAGGAGGAUUCAGGACUGACAGAGACUUUGGACGGAGGCACAUCCUCGUGGCCAGCUCCCAACAAGAGCCUGAUCGGAAAGCGAGGGAGCACCGGAGGGCUCGGCAGGAGUCGCAGGAGGGAUGACAUGGCUCGGGUCUUUGUGGGGUUUGAGUAUGAAGACAGCCGGGGGAGACGCUUCAUUAGCUGUGGGCCUGAAAAAAUAGUGAAGGUGCUGGGGCCAGGGGGCGCUAAAGAUCCCGCCACCAGGGUUCUAAACACAGACAUGCCUCUGUACAUCCCGUCUCCAUCACAGGGUCGAGGCCUGAAGCCACACUUUGCCCAACUGUCUCGGCUUUUUAUUGUUGUGCCUGACGCACCGCUGGAGGUUACUCUGAACCCACAGGUGCAGCCUGGUCCACCUCCCUGUCCGGUUUUCCAUCCAGAGCAGACGGAGGUGGUGUUGCCUCCUGACGGCCUCUGGGUGCUGCGGUUCCCUUAUUCCUACGCGACAGAGCGCGGCCCCUGUUACCCCCCCAAAGAGAACCAGCCCCUUAACAACUACAAGGUGCUGCGAGGCAUCCUGAGGGCCACCACAGCUAACCCCCCACCACAAUAAACAUCACACUUCACCUUCCUGCAGUCAGUCUGAGGCUUGUUUCUCUGUUCUGAUGACUGGAAGGAGAAAGGAGAGCUCCGCUACGGGCGAACUGAGCAGGAAGUAAAGUCUGGACCAGAUUUAGAAGUUUUUCACUGAAUGUCUUCACAGGAGAAAUUCAGCUGUUUGUUCCACUUCAGCUAGUUUAUUUCUGAUGGUUAGUUUUAUUUUUCUGAACAUUACAUCAGUGAACUGUGAAGAUCCUUGUUCUCACUGUGCUGUCAGACCUCUGGGCUGUGGUUUGUCCAUGGUCAGGAAGGAGAUUCGGUUUUACUCUUCGUGACCCAUAAAAAGAUCAUUUUUAUGGUUUAAUGAUUUGAAACUCCUUCAAGUUCUUUACCUUUUUUUAAAGAAAAAAACUGCUGUAAUGAGAGCGUGGAACGGUCCUCAGGAAGCUGACCAAGGAUAAAUGAGCUUUUACUCUGGACUGUUUUAUCCCUCUAAAGUGGCUGCUGCUCAGCUGCUCCUGCAGUGGAAAUGUUAAAUUGCUUUCUGAAACUGUGUUCAGCAGCUAAUAUUUGAAGAACUGUGUGUUUACAGGUGAUGACUUGUAAAGGAAUUUAAGACUGGCACACUUCUGAUGCAGCAGCACUUUUUCUUUGGCUCAUUUGUGCAAACAUGAACACAAAUUACACAAUGCUGGAAAGGUUUCUGGAUGAGGCUCUUUAUUCGGUGAGAGGCGUCAGUGUGUUGACUUCAGUCAUGUGUUUGAACAUAUCUUUAUUUGCUUCGUGUACAUUUUAUAACAAAGAUCUGACUGUAGCUCAACAUUGAGUCCUGAAAUGCACGAUGUUUUUCUGUAAAUAAAAAAAAAACUUCAUUGUUGUCACAAUUUUUUUGUUUUCUUACUAAAAUGAACAAA